UCCUCAAUGAAUUACAAAUGUUCCCAUGAUGUCUUCUUAAGCGGAAGUGAUGACACUGGCAACAUUUUCACAGAUCAUCUCUACACAGCCCUGGUUCAGGCAGGUUUCAGGGCUUUCAGAGGCCAUGAGACAAUAUUACCAAACAAGUCUGAGUUGAAAAAGACAAUAAAAGAGUCAAGAAUGUCAGUAGUGGUGUUCUCAAAGUGGUAUGCAUAUUCCAGUUGGUGCCUUGAUCAACUGGUUAUGAUUCUUGAAGAAAAGAGGAGGUCCUCCGGGCAUGCAGUCUUGCCGGUUUUCUAUGACUUGGAUCCGUCUGAUGUCAGGAAGCAAAAGGGUGUUGUUGCAGCAGCAAUGGAAACACACAAACGGAGAUUCAGUUCAGAUGGGGAUCAGUGUGAUAAGGAAGGAGAAGAAAUGGUGAAAAGAUGGAAAACAGCGUUAGGUGAUGCUGCAGACUUGGGAGGAAUGGUCCUGCAAAAUCUAAGUGAUGGGCAUGAAGCAAAGUUCAUCCAAAAAAUCCUCAAAGUGAUUGCCAACACCCUCAGAAGGACAGCCUUGAGCGUCCCAAAUCGCUUGAUUGGAAUGCAUAUGAGGGCGCACCAUAUCAACUGUUGGGUACAAGAUGGAUCAGUUGAUAUUGGUGUGCUUGUGAUUUGUGGAAUGGGGGGAAUAGGGAAGUCCACCAUUGCCAAAUUUGUUUACAAUCACAACUUCAGUAGCUUUCAUAGUAGCAGUUUUCUAGCAAAUAUUAGAGAAGCCUCAAAUCACCCCAAUGGCUUAGUUUCCCUACAACAACAGCUCCUAUAUGACAUUGUCAAAGGGAAGAAGGAAAACAUAUCAUGUGUUGAUGAAGGAAUCAUUAGAAUCCGAGAAGCGUUAAGCUGGAAACGCGUUCUUCUUGUUCUUGAUGAUGUCGAUUGCCCUGACCAACUCGAUGCCGUUUUUGGAAUGAGGAGUUGGCUUUACCCUGGAAGCAAAAUCAUUGUGACCACUAGACAAAAAAAUUUGUUCAAGCCCCACGAGCCUCAUUCGGUGUACAAUGUUGAAAUCUUGGACGAAAACGAAUCCAUUGAGCUCUUGAGUUGGCAUAGUUUUGGCCAAGACCAUCCCCCUGAUGAAGCUUAUGGGGAAUGCUCAAGAAGAAUUGCAAAUCAUUGUGGAGGGCUUCCAUUAGCACUUAAGGUUCUUGGCUCUUCUCUAGCAGGCAAAGGCCUAGACUUCUGGGAAAGUAUGUUGAGGAAAUUGAAAGAUAUACCCAAUAGCCAAAUCAUUGAGAAACUGAAGAUUGGCUAUGAGUCUCUGGAAGAUGAUCAUGACCAGAAUUUAUUCCUUCAUGUUGCCUGUUUCUUCGUCGGAAGGGAAAAAAGAUUCGCGGUCACUGUGUUGGAUUCAUGUGAUUUCUACACAAUUGUGGGCAUAGAGAAUCUCAUUGACAGAAAUCUCUUGACUGUAAAUCCACAAAAUAACACUCUGGAGAUGCACCAGUUGAUUCAGAAUAUGGGAAGAGAAGUCGUUCGCCAAGAAUCGCCUUUUGAUCCUGGAAAGCGUAGCAGGUUAUGGCGCAGCAUUGAUUCAUUUCGCGUGCUAAUACAAAAAACAGGUAGUAUAAGAGUUAGAGGCCUCAAGCUUAACAUGGAUGAAAAGAAUGAAUGGGGUAGAUUUUUGAAACAAAGUAUGGUUAACCUGUACUGUACAGACAAAGAUUUGGAUGAACUAGACUACUUUGGAGUUGAUGGAUUUGCAGAAAUGCAGAAUUUGGAACUGCUCCAGCUCAGUUCUGUUAGUGUUUGUGGAAGUUAUGAAGAUUUUCCAAAGAACUUGAGAUGGCUAAGCUGGCAUAACUUCGAGUUAGAAACUCUGCCGGGCGAAAUGAAUUUGGGAGGUGUUGCUGUCAUUGAUCUAUCUCACAGCAAGUUAAAACAAGUUUGGAAAGGAGCCAAGUUUCUGAGAUUUCUCAAGAUUCUGAACCUCAGCCAUUCCAAGGAGCUAAUCGCGACGCCUAACUUCACCGGCCUUCCCAAUCUCGAACACCUGAUCCUGAACCACUGUUCCAAGCUAGCAUCCAUUCAUGAUUCCAUAGGAAAACUAGAAAUGCUUAUUCUCUUAGAUCUCCAGAACUGUACCAGGCUCAGGAGGCUUCCUGAUAGUGUUUCUGCAUUGAAGUCUCUCGAAACACUAGACAUUGCAGGCUGCUCGAGCCUCAACACUUUACCCGCGGGCUUAAAGGCAAUGGAAUCACUAAAACUGCUUCGGGCAGAUGGAAUCUCGAUGGACAAAGUAGCAGAACCUCGGAGCACAAACAUUAUUAUUCUGUCCUGGCUCUGGAAAACCAAGAAAUGUCCUAGGAUGUACCUAGGAUCUCUCCCGCGUUCUUUGGUAACCUUAAGCCUAUUCAACUGCAGUUUAUCAGAUGCUGCAUUUCCUCGGGAGUUUGGCGAUCUUUCGUCAUUGGAGAAUCUGAAUCUGGGCAAGAACAUGAUUUCUGUCCUGCCACAAGGCAUCAGGCGUCUCAGCAGGCUUAGGAUGCUUGAAGUGGAGUUCUGCAGAAGGCUUACAUCAUUAGUGGCACUACCUAACAUACAAAAAUUGAGGAUAAGUUACUGCGAAUUUCUGCAGGAUAUAACGUUCCAGGAAGAAUCGUAUAACGGGUGCAGGAUCGAGAGAGGAUCCUGCCAUGAUCAAAUCAAAGAUGAAUCUGAAGAAGUGAGGCUUGAGCUUUUGGAAAAUGUUGAUACUGAAGUGUUUUAUGGACGGAGCUUGUCAGACCGUUCUUCUGAGAAUGUCAUUGUCAAAAUGAGCAGCAUUUGCAGGUUUUGAUACUUCAAACAAGAUAUGGAUGCAUUAUAUGGAAGCGUAAUACUUAUGAUAAAAAAUGUAAUACUAAUCAUGGAUAAACUAAUUGUUACUUCUCUUUCAUCUCUCUUCAAACUAUAUUUCUGGAUUAUUAUUACCACCACUAUCACCACCACUGCUUAAGGGUUCAUUCGAGAGAAUGGCUAGUAGAAAGAAAUACAAGGCUAAGGGUCAUGGCCUUAAUAACCUUGACAACCAAUAA